CUUUUUUUGGGCCAUAUUUUUCUCUCUCGGAGCUCACCACCAUCUUAUUAACCUCUCUGUCUUCUUUAUUGCAAAACCACCUUUUUCCCUUAAACUCUUCUCACUUAACUUUCUCAUACCAUGGCCAAAGAAAAGGUUGCUAAGAAGUCUGCUGGAGUUAAGAAGAUUACUCCCUACAACAGGUUUAUGAAGACUGAACUCGCCAAAGUAAAGGCUGAGAAACCAGGUGUUGCGCAUAAGGAGGCGUUUAAGCUUGCCGCUACGCGUUGGAAGGAUAGCCCUGAUAACCCGAAGAACCAGGCUACCAAGUAAAGAACACGAAUGGACACAAACUUUCUAAAAAAAAAAAUUUACAACAGAUCAGUCUGACCAAAUCGAUGGCUGGCUUUGUCCUUUUCUCUUCUUAUUAUAUGUUAUGUUAUGUUGCCAAAUCCGCUCUUUUUAUUCCUAUAAGCACCCAGCCAUUUGCUGCUUUCUUUUUUUUCCACUCUUGACCAUGUUUCUUACGUGCAGUCAUUAUAUUCGUAAUCACAAAAAAACCUAAAAAAAAAAUAUAUCCCAUAUUUGUUUAAAGCUCAUGCGGUAGUGCUUGUUGGUGGAAUAAAAGAAUUACGGAAAACUAAACCCCUUUA